UAGAAUAUGAGUAAUUAUUAAAUAAACAACCUUAACAAACCAAAUUUCCUACCAAAUAUACUUCUAAUGAAUCCCUUAAUUUAUAUUUAUAUAUUUAUAUACGUCCUUAUCCCCUAUUAGGUUGAUCAUCAUCUCAGUAUUCAGUAGCCAAAUAUAAAUUAUCGACAAAUUUCUACAGUCGAUUGAUUGAUUGAAAAUCAAAAUGGGUGCUGUAAAAGCAGCAGUGGCUGAUUUUGUGUUAACAUCGAUGUGGGUAUUUUGUUCAUCAACACUUGGGAUUUUCACUUACCUAAUUGCUUCUGCUUUUGGAAUUGCUCAAGGAAUCACUACUCUGUUUAUUACUACUGUUCUUCUCUUUGUUCUGUUUUUUGUGUUUGGGAUUAUUGGUGAUGCUUUGGGUGGUGCCGCUUUUAAUCCUGCUGGUACGGCCGCCUUUUAUGCUGCCGGUGUUGGAACCGACUCUCUCUUCUCUGUUGCCGCUCGAUUUCCUGCUCAGGCAGCUGGCGCAGUUGCUGGUGCAUUGGCGAUAUUGGAGGUUAUUCCUACGCAGUACAAGCACAUGCUAGGUGGACCUUCAUUGAAAGUUGACUUGCAUAACGGAGCCAUUGCUGAGGGGAUCUUGACUUUCAUAAUGACCUUUCUGGUCUUUCUUAUUGUACUGAGGGGUCCUAGAAAUGCAUUUCUAAAGAAUUGGUUACUUGCAAUGUCAACUGUUACCAUGGUAGUUACAGGUUCAAAAUACACCGGACCGUCUAUGAAUCCCGCCAAUGCAUUUGGUUGGGCGUACAUAAACAAUUGGCACAACACAUGGGAGCAAUUUUACGUCUACUGGAUCUGUCCCUUCGUAGGAGCAAUAAUGGCUGCAUGGACUUUUCGUGCUCUGUUUCCGCCUCCAGUAAAGCAGAAGAAGCCUCAGAAGGCAAAGAAAAAUUGAGAAAGAACACCUUCGUGCUGCUUCAAUUACUUCACUGAACUAGGUAGCAAUGUGGUUGAAGUAUGCCCUUAAAGCUGAAAGCCAUUUUUAACUUCUAAGGUGGAAUCAUAAUGGAUUCCUUUUGGAUUUGUUGGAAUUGUUAAUAAACCCCACUUUUCACAUUGAUCCAAAUUCAAGCAACUAUUAGUGCAAAAACUGAGUUGUCCAAAAGCUGGAUGCCCCUGAAUAUUUUCUUAUGCUUUUUUAGAUGCUU